AUGGCUAAGGCUGCUAGAAAGAAGUUUGCGGCUGCAGAAACGCCCACAUCGAAAACAGUUUCUGCUGACAAACAUUUGAACUCAGUCUUCAAGUUCAACACCAAUCUCGGUCAGCAUAUUCUUAAGAACCCAUUGGUGGCCCAGGGAAUCGUCGACAAAGCCCAGAUCAAGCCCAGCGAUAUCGUUUUGGAAGUCGGUCCCGGUACUGGUAACUUGACAGUGAAGAUUUUGGAGCAAGCCCGUAAGGUUGUGGCCGUGGAGAUGGAUCCUCGUAUGGCCGCCGAAUUGACCAAAAGAGUCCAUGGAACACCACAGCAGAAGAAAUUGGAUAUUCUUCUAGGCGACUUCAUGAAGACAGAACUUCCUUAUUUCGAUGUCUGUAUCUCCAACACUCCUUAUCAGAUCUCGUCGCCCUUGAUUUUCAAAUUGUUGGCUUUGCCUCAACCACCAAGAGUCUCCAUCCUCAUGUUUCAAAGAGAAUUUGCAUUGCGUCUAUUAGCACGUCCUGGCGACGCUCUAUACUGUAGACUUUCCGCCAAUGUGCAAAUGUGGGCCAAUGUCACUCAUAUCAUGAAGGUUGGUAAGAACAAUUUCCGUCCUCCUCCACAAGUCGAAUCCUCUGUGGUGAGAGUCGAGAUUAAACAGCCAAGACCUCAAAUUGACUUCGAGGAGUGGGACGGUUUGCUCCGUAUCUGUUUCGUCAGAAAGAACAAGACCAUCGCUGCUGGUUUUAAGUCCAAGAACGUGUUGGAGAUUUUGGUGAAGAACUACGUCGCACUUGCGGCCACACAGAACCCAGACGAGAUGCAACAAGACUCUAACAAGGAUCAUGAGUCUCUUGUCAAGCAAAAAAUCGAGUCUGUGUUGACCUCUACUGGAUACUCCGAGAACAGAGCCGCCAAGAUGGAUCAGGGCGAUUUCCUCAAAUUGUUGUACGCAUUCCACCAAACCGGCAUUCAUUUCGCAUAA